AACCUGACCCUUUGAGAUUUUCUCAGACCCAUUCUUGACUUACUACCUCUGUUUUCAUUGAGAAUUCCAAAGCAAAUCAUAAACUAAAAAAGAUGUCUGCUUUUUCAUCACACCAAUUACAAUACAAUAACCCUUUUGUUCUUGAUUCAGUAUUUUUGCCAAGUUCUCCUAUUAAGAUGUCUGGCCUUUUUGAGGAACCAAACAAUCCUUGUAUAGUACAGAAUUGUUUUCCUCAAUUUUACCAACAACAAUUCCCUGCCAAUAAUGUAAUUGUUCAUGAAAAUAGCUUUUGCCUUCACCAAACCACAAAUGUUAGCCAUGAUGAGCCUAAUUCUGUACACACUAACAAAAGUAGCAGCAGUAUAAGCUUAGAUAUGGAUUCUUCCUCUGUUACUGAUAAAAUUGAAAGUGGGAAUAAUAAUAAUAAUAAUAAGUCUAAUGUUACUCCUAUGGACAAGAAAAGAAAAUUCAGAGAAGGGUCUUCUUCUAUGACUUCUGCUCAUUCUAAGAAUGUAAAACAGAGUGAUAAUGGGAAAAAGAAGAAAAUCAAUAGCAAAUUAGUAGCUAAAGAUGAGAAGAAAGCUAAUGAAGAAGCACCAACAGGCUACAUUCAUGUUAGAGCAAGAAGGGGCCAGGCAACUGAUAGCCAUAGUCUUGCUGAAAGGGUAAGGAGAGAAAAAAUAAGUGAAAGGAUGAAGAUAUUGCAAUCUCUUGUUCCUGGUUGUGACAAGGUAACUGGAAAGGCCCUUAUGCUGGAUGAGAUAAUCAAUUAUGUCCAAUCUUUGCAAAACCAAGUUGAGUUUCUCUCAAUGAAACUUACUUCUUUGAAUCCAAUGUACUAUGACUUUGGAAUGGACUUAGAUGCACUCAUGGUAAGACCUGAUGACCAGAGUUUGAGUGGCUUGGAGACACAAGUGGCAAAUAUUCAGCAAGGUAGCACAACUACUACAUCACAGGCAGCUGAAGUUAUUGUUAACACUAAUAGUGGCUAUCCAGUUUUGGAUAAUUCAACAUCACUCAUGUUUCAACAAGCCCAUUUCCCUAAUUCUAUUCCUCAGGGUAAUGGACAGCUCUUAUGGGGUGCAGAUGACCAAAGACAAAAAAUAAUAAAUCAGUCGGGAUUCAUCAAUAACUUUUGUUCUUUCCAUUAAUGUAGCACCAGGCCCCUCCUGCCCUGCCCUACACAACAUUUGGGAGAUCCACUAAACCUGACAAUAGCUAGCUAGCUAGCCUCUAGUAUAUAAUAACCUGUGCAUGGAGAUUAUAUUGUAAAAUCACCCUAUUAUCAAGAAAUUAAAUGAAUGGAAGCCAAAAGAGUACUUAGAAGUCAUCAGCUAGCUGAAGGAAGAAUUAUUUGAGACAGAUCUUUUUGGGAGAUCCUUUUGAUUAUUGGUUGUGUCCAAUAUUUGACUUAUAAUUACUGAAUCUAUUGCAAGCACAACUUCCUAGAGCCAUGUGAUGAUGAUGGUGGUGCGUGGUUAAAAUCCUAGCUUAGCUAGAUUAGAGAGAAAAAAAUGUACUAUUUUUUUUUACAUCUUCUUCAUCUUGUAUUACCAUGUGUACUUAGUUAUGAUAAUAUGAUUGUUGCUUUAAUUAAUGAUGUUAUCUUUAAUUUUUAUGUUA